AUGAUCAUACAAUCAACAACACAACAAGCCCGGCUGCUCAUAGACACUGGUUCCGAAAUCACACUCAUUACGGAAAGAUUGGUACGACAUCUUCAUGUGACACCCAGAAUGUCAAAAAUACUUGUACACGGAAUCGGCAGUACUUCACCAAUACAACCACUAGGGAUCAUCACACUCACUAUACAAUCAUUGCGGUCAAAGGAAUCAAUUAUUGUACAUGCUCACAUACUCAAAUCCCUAUCCAUACUUCUACCUCCCCAUGACCUCACACAAUGCACAUGGCCUCACAUCCAGGGAUUGCCAUUAGCCGAUGAAAAUUACGCCAAGGCCAGACCUGUAGACAUCGUAUUGGGAGCAGAUUCAUAUGGACAAGUAAUGAAAUACAAGUCCUCACCACACUUACCUAUAGCACUACUGUCAAUAUUCGACUGGGUGGUUAUUGGACCAAUAAUAGAAGAAAUACCAAGGGAACCAAGCAGCCAACUCAAUCCAGAUCAACAGCAGUGUGAACAAUAUUAUAUCGCAAACCAAACACGAGUAAGCACUGGAAGGUACAAGGUCAAACUCCCCUUCACAGAAUCCCCUGAAAUACUUGGAGACUCAUACAACGUGGCCCAUCAAUGUCUGGUGCGCCUACAAAAACGAUUCACAAGAGACAAUAAUUAUCGCACACUAUAUGUUCAAUUCAUGACAGAAUACGAGAACAUGAAUCAUAUGCGAAGACUACCAGCAAACUACCAUUCCAACAAGAGGGCGUACUACCUGCCGCACUAUGGCGUACUAAAACCAGACAGUUCUACGACUAAGUUAAGAGUCGUCUUCAACGGAUCAAGCCCAUCCUCAACUGGACAAUCAUUAAAUGACAUAAUGCACAUCGGCGCAAACCUAAAUCCAGACAUUGUAGAUGUAUUAAUUUGGAUCCGCAAACACAGGUACUUAUUGUCUACAGACAUCACAAAGAUGUACCGACAGAUACUGGUCCACCAAGACGACUGGGAUCUACAGCGAAUCCUGUGGAUAGACGAACAGGGCAACGAAGUCAUCUAUCAAUUAAUCACUGUCACAUAUGGAACCAGAGCGGCCCCAUUUCUAGCUGUACGAACACUCCUUCAACUCAUCCAAGACGAAGAAGACAACUAUCCACUCGCUCUACCCCGCAUCAAAUACGGAAAAUACGUGGACGACAUCUUUGGCGGUUCAGACAAUCCUAGUCAACUAGUGGAAACAACAACACAAUUAAGGUACCUCUGCAUGGCGGGCGGAUUCGCAUUAGCAAAAUGGCAUUCCACCAACGAAGAAAUAAUAACCGUCAUUCAGGCAUCGCCGAAUCCGGAACAGUCUGUCAACUUGACCGAAGAUACCACCAAAAUUCUAGGACUACAAUGGAGACCCCACGAAGACAUCUUCUCAUUCUCAAAAUCAUUGACUCUCAAAGCAACCACCUCAUCAAAGCGCACCAUUCUCUCUGACAUUGCAAAAUUGUUUGACCCAUUGGGAUUCGCAUCUCCCGUAAUAAUACGAGCAAAAUUACUACUCCAAGAACUAUGGCUCCAUUCUGUUGGAUGGGAUGAUCCGCUCCCAGAUCAAUUUGAAACAUCAAAUAUAGAACUAAAUGGAUUCGCUGACGCCUCGAAACUAGCAAUGGCUGCCGUCAUAUAUAUGGCAAUAUACAAUGAAGACAAUAAACCUACAGUAACAUUCAUAUGCUCAAAAACAAAGGCUCACCACACGCAUCAAAACUUCACUAAAUCUAUAGAUAAGAGCAACACAUCUAUGGACGGACUCACGAGUAAACCUGACCUGGAUCAAGGCUCACCCAUCACGAUGGAAGGAAUUUGUGUGCAACAGAGUCACACAAAUUCAAGAACUCACAGCAGAAGCACAAUGGAGAUUCAUCGCAUGCCUAAAAGGAAAACGUCCUCCUACAAACCAACUCACGCGAUGAAUUAA